AUGGCAGGGGUGGCACGGGCUGGAGGCGAGGGUGGUACAGGGGUGGUGGUGGGGGGACCCUUGGAUCAUCAGCGAUACAAAGAAGAAAAUGUAAAUCAUGAAGUAACAACAGCUGAUUUACAACACGUCACCACCAACACCACUGACAGUUCUGAAGAUGGUUUGCAGCUAGCAGCCGAAAGAUGUCAACAAGAAGAACCACUGUCCCUCAUCACCACCUCAGCAGAAGAACUGUCCUAUCACCACCUCAGCAGAAGAACUGUCCUAUCACCAUCUCAGCAGAAGAACUGUCCUAUCACCAUCUCAGCAGAAGAACUGUCCUAUCACCAUCUCAGCAGAAGAACUGUCCUAUCACCAUCUCAGCAGAAGAACCACUGUCCCAUAACCACCUCAGCAAAAGAACGAACUGUCUCCUCCACCACCACCUCAGAAGAACCACUGUCCCCCAUCACCGCCUUAGCAGAAGAAAUGUCCCACCAUCACUUCAGCAGAAGAACAAACUGUUUCCCAUCACCACCUCAGCAGAAGAACCACAGUCCAAACACCACCUUAGCAGAACUGUCCUAUCUUCAGCAGAAGAACCACAGAAUGGACGGUCUCCAAUCACCACCUCAGAAGAGGGACUGUCUCAAUACCAACUUAGUAGAAGAACUGUCACAUCACCAUCUCAGCAGAAGAACCAGUGUCUCCACCACCACCUCAGCAGAAGAAACACUGUUUCCACCACUGCCUUAG